AUGGGGGCUCCGUUCCUCUCGGUCUUCAUUUCAACCUGCAGCUGGAACCUGACCGGACCCCGAGGCUCCCUGGCGUCUCCGCUGGCCAGCACCCUCCCCUACGAAGGCAGCUGGCUGGACUGCGCCUACAGCAUCUCGGUCUACCCUGGUUACGGCGUGGAGAUCCGGGUGCAAAACAUCAGCCUUGCGGUGGGCGAGACAAUCACCGUGGAGACCCUCGGAGGCCUGGAGCCCCUCCCGCUGGCCAACGAGUCCUUCCUGGUGCGUGGUCAAGUGGUCCGUGGCCCCACCAACCAGGUGCUGGUGAGGUUCCAGAGCCCUUCUCCAGCCAACCCAGGGACCUUCCACUUCCACUUCGAAG